AUGACAAAUCACACUCUAGUGACUGAAUUCACCCUACUGGGCAUCCCUGAGACAGAGGGCCUAGAGAAGGUCCUUCUCUUCCUGUUCUCAUUACUGUACGGAUGUGCCCUCCUGGGAAACAUGCUCAUUCUCACUGCGGUCAUCGCCUCCCCACGGCUCCACACACCAAUGUACUUUUUCUUGGGAAACCUCUCCAUCUUUGACGUGAGUUUCUGUUCCACAACAGUUCCCAAGAUGCUGUCGUAUCUUUCAGGACAGAGUCGGGAGAUCUCUUUUCAGGGCUGCACUGCCCAGCUCUUCUUCUACCAUUGUCUGGGCUGCACCGAGUGCUUCCUCUACACGGUGAUGGCCUAUGACCGCUUUGUUGCCAUCUGCUUUCCUUUGAGAUACAUGGUCAUCAUGAACCACAGAGUCUGCUCUGUCUUGGCCACAGGGACCUGGAUGGGUGGCUGUGUGCACGCCACUAUCCUAACCACCCUCACCUUCCAGUUGCCCUACUGUGGCCCCAGUCAGGUGGGCUACUACUUCUGUGAUAUGCCCGCAGUGUUACUUCUAGCCUGUGACGACUCAUCUCUAGCACAGACGGUGGGUUUUACAAAUGUGGGUCUUUUGUCUCUCAUUUGCUUUUUUCUCAUCCUUGUGUCGUACACUCGCAUUGGGAUCUCCAUCUCAAAAAUCCGCUCAACAGAAGGCAGGCAGCGAGCGUUCUCCACCUGCAGUGCCCACCUCACUGCCAUUGCCUGUGCUUAUGGGCCCGUCAUCAUCAUCUACCUACAGCCCAACCCUAGCCCCUUGCUUGGUGCAAUCAUUCAGAUUUUGAACAACCUUGUGACUCCCAUGCUGAACCCAAUGAUCUACAGUCUGAGGAAUAAGGAUGUGAAAUCAGCCCUAAGACAUGUAUUUCUUAAGAGAAGACUGGCUCUGAAAGAUAAAUGAGAA